AUGGAUGCCGUAUUCGAGGAGAUCGCACGAGAGACAGUGAACUUCGGCCCCGGUGAUGAAGAGAAAUGGCGCCAACUCUACGAGCCCCUCUACAGCGAUGACUUGUUUGAGGGAGUCCAAGUGAUCCGGGACGAGCGAUAUGGCCCGGCAGAGAGAAAUCUGUUGGAUGUAUUUGUACCCCCUGGCGAAGCAUCUGGCAGGCCAGUGAUGCUCUUUGUCCACGGAGGUGGUUUCUUCUCCGGAGACAAGCGCUGGAGCGAAAAGUGCUACGCAAACAUUGGCUGUGCUUUUGCUAAGCUCGGGGUUGUGACAGUCAUCGGCAACCAUCAGCUGGUGCCGAACGUGACAUAUCCAGGGGGCGCAGAGGACAUUCAAUUGACGCGGGAAUGGAUCUAUCAGAAUAUUUCAGCAUCCAAAUACGGCUGUGGCUCACCGGACAAGGUCUUCUUAUUUGGGCAUUCCUCGGGAGGUGCACACAUCGCGGCAAAUCUCUAUGCGGCUGAAUUAGGCGACUCGAGUCGACCUCAGAGAGACCCUUUGUUCCCACCAGUAGCAGGUGUUUUGUACAUCGACGUGCCAUUCUGGUAUGACGUCAGAAAGCCGGUACGAAAGAAGAUUGUUGGUCAAUAUUAUGGCAAUGACGCAGAGAGUGUUUGGGGACCGAAGUCCGCUGUUGGAUUGUUUGAGCGCCUUCCAGCCGACUCGCCAGCACGAGAUGCGAAAAAGCUGCCAACAUUCCUAGGCUCAGUCGAAUGGGAAGUACCGGAAACCGCGGACGCUACAGUCAAGUUCUUCAAUGCUUAUCGGGCUGGAAGUCUACCAUUCCACACUCUCCCGUUGUUCCACGUUUUGCAAAACCACAAUCACCUUAGCAACAUCUUGUCCAUUGGCACCACGGACACGGCACAGACAGAUGCAAUCAUGUUGUUCAUCAACACUUGCCUCGGUAAUCAACAAAAGCUUUCAUCUGAGAAAAGAUUCCGUGUGAGAUUCAUCAAGAAACUUGACUAG